AUGAAGUUCACUCUCCUCCCUCUUAUGCUGGCUCCAUUGGCCUCAGCCCACUUCCACCUCCAGUAUCCCAUCUCCCGCGGCUUCGAUGAAGAUACCAUGCCAAACUUCCCCUGCGGUGGAAUGGCCCAAUCAUCCAACCGCACCCAGCUUCCUAUCUCCGGCUCCUUCCCAGUCGCCCUGAAAAUGGGCCACGUCCAGACUGCCGUCGAGGUCCUAAUUGCUCUCGGAAGUGACCCGGCAACCAACUACAAUGUCACUCUCGUGCCGACUUUCCAGAUCAAUGGUCUCGGUGCUUUCUGUCUUCCGCAUGUUGAUUUCAGCACAGCGCUGCUUGGUGUCAACAUUACCGAUGGCAUGAAUGCUACUAUUCAGGUCCAGAGCAACGGAGACCCGACUGGUGGACUUUACGCAUGCGCCGAUGUUCAAUUCUCUUCUUCCACUACCUAUAGCGAGCCCUCGUCUUGUACCAACAAUACAAAUGUCGUGGCUUCUGCCUUUGCUGGUGAAGCUGCGAGGCGCAAUGCCAAUGAGUCUACCGGUACGGGCGAGGCUCAGAGCUCGUCUGGUAGCAGCACCACUUCUGCUUCCAGCUCGACGUCGACAUCGACUUCUAAGGGUGCUGCUGUUCCGAUGCAGACCGCUGCUUGGGGCAUCCUCGGUGUUGCUUUCGCCGGUGGUCUAGCUGUGCUGUAA